GGAGGAGGAGGAGGAGGAGGAGAGGAUGAGGCAGGAGGAAGCAGAAUAGAGUCUAUGUGUAAUCUGCAGUUUGGCGUCUCGACGCUCUUCUUGAUUUUCUCUCUGGAUUAUUUGAAGUUGUUGGCAUCCAUGCGCUUCCAUCGGAGGCUCUGAGGAUGCAAACGGGUGAAUUACCCAGCAUGAAGAAUUAAUCGGAUCGGAAUUCAAAAGUGAGGUUUGCACUUUUUCAUCAGGCUUUUAGAACUUCUUUUUUUUUAAUGUCAGUAACGUAAUAAUAAGUUCUUGUGAUUGAUGAUUGGACGCCUGGAACAGAAGCUACGGGAUCUGUUCUUCUGAAGAAAUGAGGUCUGCACCCACAGGAUGGAUUGCGUCUCCUUCUGACGUUCGGGGUUCUUCCAGCGUCUCUUUGAGUCCAAACAUGUAACUGUGAGCCGCCCUUUGGCGUCUUCAAUCGGUUCGUCAUCAAGGAGCGACUGAGUUCUGACAUGUCACCUGUUUGGGGAUAAAGAAGCGACUCAAAAGGAACGAGCAGCAGCAGGUGUAGAUCUCACCCUCCGUGGCUCCGCCCCCUUCUCAGGGAGAUGGCGGCGGCCAUCGCCAGCUCCCUGAUUCGACAGAGGCGUCAGGCCCGCGAGUCCAACAGCGACAAGGUCGCCACCAAUAAGAGGCGCACGAGUCCCAGCAAGGACCCGAAGUCUACGUGCGACCGAAACAUCUUCAGCGUCUUCAGUAAGAUUCGCUUCUGCAGCGGGAAGAAGAGGCCCGUACGGCGGAAACCAGAGCCCCAGCUGAAGGGCAUUGUGACACGUCUCUUCAGCGAGCAGGGCUUCUUCCUGCAGAUGCAGCCCGACGGAACCAUCAACGGAAACAAGGACGAGAACAGCGACAACACGCUCUUUAACCUGAUCCCAGUGGGUUUGAGGGUGGUGGCCAUGCAGGGGGUGAAGGCUGGACUCUAUGUGGCCAUGAACGCAGAAGGAUUCCUCUACACAUCAGAUGUGUUCACGGCAGAGUGUAAGUUCAAGGAGUCGGUGUUUGAGAACUACUACGUCAUCUACUCCUCCACGCAGUACCGCCAGCACGAGUCGGGCCGGGCCUGGUUCCUGGGCCUCAACAAGGACGGGGCCCUCAUGAAGGGAAACCGGGUGAAGAAGACCAAGCCCUGCUCGCACUUUGUCCCCAGACCCAUCGAAGUCUGCAUGUACAAGGAGCCGUCGCUGCACGAGCUGGAGGAGAAGCUGCUGAAGUCGUCGCGGAGCCCAACGAUCAACAGCGAGGGACGGAGGGUGAUCAAGGAGCAGGAGGAGCAGCAGGAGGAGUGCACGGAUCGGGAGGGCUCAUAGCCUGCAGCACCCCCUGCAGGAGGAGGAGGAGGAGGAGGAGGAGGCGAACUCCCGUCUGAACACUCCCUCUGUUCAGUAACCACGACAACGACGACCAAAACCAAGAAAAAAAGAAGCUAAAAACAAAAAUCAUAAAAAACUUCUUCUUCUCAUAUUGAAAUAUGUAAAUGUUCUGGGGAGGGAGGGUUUGGGGUUUGUCAAGGGGGGCGGGGCUUGUUUGAAGGGAAGGUAAAGAAAAGAAAAAAAUCAGGUCGUUGAUGAUGAUGAUGAUUUACAUUUUAUGCAAAAAGCCCUGCUGAAACGGCGCCCGGAGGCGAGCACACCGACUCCUCAUUGUUGUGAUCGUCAUCAUCAUCACCAACGCCGUCGCCACGGCGACCGGGUGUUUUCCAUAGCUGAGUGAGCGCUGAGGACUCUGAAGCUUUAAGCCAUGUAGAAACUCCACUUCUGUUCAUUUCUCAACACUUUUGCACUUUCAACACGCGCUUGUUCUUUGUCUUCUUCUUGCUAUUCGCUCCUCUGCCUCUGUGCUUUCUGUUCUCUCUUCAUCAGCUGCACAUGUCGUUUUUAUUUAUUUUUGGGUUAGGGUUAUAAAACAAAGCUCAGAGGGGGGGUGGAUGGGGAGCAUGUCCACCAGGUGAUCCGGUUUGUGAUUUAAAUUCAAGACUUCCAUGGUCCCAUCCCUAAACUCUAAAACCAUCCUUCAGGUUUCACCUUGAUCUCCAUCCUUACUUCACUUCCUAUUUCAAAGAGAGAAUCCAUCAAUAUAUAUGUCUUCAGGUCACUGAUGGAUGGUCCUCUGUCUCUAGAGUCUCUGGUGGCUUCAGGUCAUUGAUGGAUGGUCCUCUGUCUCUAGAGUCUCUGGUGGCUUCAGGUCAUUGAUGGAUGGUCCUCUGUCUCUAGAGUCUCUGGUGUCUUCAGGUCCCUGAUGGAUGGUCCUCUGUCUCUAGAGUCUCUGGUGGCUUCAGGUCAUUGAUGGAUGGUCCUCUGUCUCUAGAGUCUCUGGUGUCUUCAGGUCACUGAUGGAUGGUCCUCUGUCUCUAGAGUCUCUGGUGUCUUCAGGUCAUUGAUGGAUGGUCCUCUGUCUCUAGAGUCUCUGGUGUCUUCAGGUCACUGAUGGAUGGUCCUCUGUCUCUAGAGUCUCUGGUGUCUUCAGGUCAUUGAUGGAUGGUCCUCUGUCUCUAGAGUCUCUGGUGUCUUCAGGACACUGAUGGUCUUCUGUCUUUAGAGUCUCUGGUGUCUUCAGGUCACUGGUGGUCUUCUGUCUCGAGAGUCUCUGGUGUCUUCAGGUCACUGAUGGUCUUCUGUCUUUAGAGUCUCUGGUGUCUUCAGGUCACUGGUGGUCUUCUGUCUCGAGAGUCUCUGGUGUCUUCAGGUCAUUGAUGGAUGGUCCUCUGUCUCUAGUCUCUGGUGUCUUCAGGUCAUUGAUGGAUGGUCCUCUGUCUCUAGUCUCUGGUGUCUUCAGGUCAUUGAUGGAUGGUCCUCUGUCUCUAGUCUCUGGUGUCUUCAGGUCAUUGAUGGAUGGUCCUCUGUCUCUAGUCUCUGGUGUCUUCAGGUCACUGAUGGAUGGUCCUCUGUCUCUAGAGUCUCUGGUGGCUUCAGGUCAUUGAUGGAUGGUCCUCUGUCUCUAGAGUCUCUGGUGUCUUCAGGUCACUGAUGGAUGGUCCUCUGUCUCUAGAGUCUCUGGUGUCUUCAGGUCAUUGAUGGAUGGUCCUCUGUCUCUAGAGUCUCUGGUGUCUUCAGGUCACUGGUGGUCUUCUGUCUCGAGAGUCUCUGGUGUCUUCAGGUCAUUGAUGGAUGGUCCUCUGUCUCUAGUCUCUGGUGUCUUCAGGUCAUUGAUGGAUGGUCCUCUGUCUCUAGUCUCUGGUGUCUUCAGGUCAUUGAUGGAUGGUCCUCUGUCUCUAGAGUCUCUGGUGGCUUCAGGUCACUGAUGGAUGGUCCUCUGUCUCUAGUCUCUGGUGUCUUCAGGUCAUUGAUGGAUGGUCCUCUGUCUCUAGAGUCUCUGGUAGCUUCAGGUCAUUGAUGGAUGGUCCUCUGUCUCUAGAGUCUCUGGUGUCUUCAGGACACUGAUGGUCUUCUGUCUUUAGAGUCUCUGGUGUCUUCAGGUCACUGGUGGUCUUCUGUCUCGAGAGUCUCUGGUGUCUUCAGGUCAUUGAUGGAUGGUCCUCUGUCUCUAGUCUCUGGUGUCUUCAGGUCAUUGAUGGAUGGUCCUCUGUCUAGUCUCUGGUGUCUUCAGGUCAUUGAUGGAUGGUCCUCUGUCUCUAGUCUCUGGUGUCUUCAGGUCAUUGAUGGAUGGUCCUCUGUCUCUAGUCUCUGGUUUCUUCAGGUCAUUGAUGGAUGGUCUUCUGUCUCUAGAGUCUCUGGUGUCUUCAGGAUACUGACCGAUGGUCGUCAGAUUGUCUUGACCUAAAAUGAUGAUGAAAAAAAAGAAGGAAACGCCCAUCUUUUUGUCUCCCUUCAGGGACUGAGCAGAAAUAGGAUGUGAUGCAGGCGGUCGUUUGGGGGUCUGAAUGAUUUAUGGAGACACUAACAGCUGAGUUGUGUAACUGUGAUCCAGUCUAAACAGGACUGAAGUGUCUCUGCUGCAUAACUGACUUCUUUAUGAUGUGUAAUAGAAUGAGAAGUGAGGUACAAUGAGACAUGAGAUACAAUCAGACAUUAGAUGCAAUCAGACGUGAGAUACAAUGAGACGUGAGGUGCAAUGAGACGCGAGGUACAAUGAGACGUGAGGUACAAUGAGACAUGAGAUACAAUGAGACGUGAGGUACAAUGAGAUACAAUGAGACAUGAGGUACAAUGAGAUGUGAGGUACAAUGAGACAUGAGGUACAAUGAGACGUGAGGUACAAUGAGAUACAAUGAGACAUGAGGUACAAUGAGAUGUGAGGUACAAUGAGAUGUGAGGUACAAUGAGACAUGAGGUACAAUGAGACAUGAGGUACAAUGAGAAAUGAGGUACAAUGAGACGUGAGGUACAAUGAGACGUGAGGUACAAUGAGACAUGAGGUACAAUGAGACGUGAGGUACAAUGAGAUACAAUGAGACAUGAGGUACAAUGAGAUGUGAGGUACAAUGAGACGUGAGGUACAAUGAGACAUGAGGUACAAUGAGACGUGAGGUACAAUGAGAUACAAUGAGACAUAAGGUACAAUGAGACAUGAGGUACAAUGAGACAUGAGGUACAAUGAGACGUGAGGUACAAUGAGACAUGAGGUACAAUGAGACAUGAGGUACAAUGAGACGUGAGGUACAAUGAGACAUGAGGUACAAUGAGACAUGAGGUACAAUGAGACAGGACUUGUCGGCCGAUGGGGCGUUCUGUGACCAUUUAACACUGCCGUGUUUCCUUUAGACAAAAAUCACUGCCCUCCAAACCGGUGAGCUGCCAACCUCCCCUCCCACCCCCCCCAAGCCCCAACCUAUUCUCCUACUCCCUUUACUUCUCUCCCAAGUCACUUGCCGAGUUUCCCACAAAAAGCUUCUUGACUUUUGUCUCAGUUUACAACAAUCAACCGGUCAACCUCCACUUUGCUUUUUCAUAAAGUACGCCAUCUGUUCUAUCACUGCCUUUGUAAUAAUACUGAUAAUAGGAUGUCAUUUGUUUACAUUCUUAUGAAGCAGCAGAGGAGCCAGAAGGAUGAAUUAUCAUCACAUUUUUUAUUAUGUUGCGGAGGUUUUCAUUUAUUUUCCUUUUUUAAAAUAUGUUUAAAAAGAAGUUUAAAAUAUAUGGGAAAGGAACAUAUUCAAAUUCAACCUUUUAUUAGUUUAUUAUUAAGGGAUAUUUCAAAUGUUCCUGAACAAACUUUGUUUUUUGGUGUAUCAUAAGAAGGAAAAAGUUUCAGAAAUAAAAGAUUAACAUCAGUUGGAGGAUGAAUGAGCUGUAAAUAACGACGCAGAGAAGCCCAGCUAAUAACAAAAAAAUAUAUAAAAAUCAUUGCAGUACAACAAACUUUAAAACAUUUUCUGAUGAUCUUUUUGGGAAACUCAGUCAGCUGACACAGGAACCCGCCAGAAGAGAAGAGAGAGAAACCUUAGUUAAAAGUUAUUUUUAUGUCCCAAAGAUGAAGACCUUUUUGCAUGUGGAGACCUUAUAUCGGCCGCCAUCUUGAAACACGUUAAAAGUGAUGAGUCACACCGUUCUGCCUCUGAGGAAGUCUUCCAGUUUGAACCGACAGAAACGCUCCAUGUGUUUCUUCUCUUCGCGUCUCAAUGUUGUUUUUUUCAUUUUGUGAAACCAAAACACUCGACAGGAAUGUUUAUUCAGAAAAGGCAUCGCUGCCUUCAGGUCACCUUGGAAAAUGUGUAAAAGUCAAACUUUUCAAAAGAUACAAUGAACGGAGAACGAUAAACAUGUUUGUUGUCAAUUAAAAAAAACAAAAUGAUGCACUUUUCAUCGAGUUUGACCUUAAAAACUUUACUGCCAAAAAAGAAACUGAGUUAAUAAUCAAAUGAUUUUUGAGCAGAGAGAGAGAUAAUUAAUACAUUUUAAUAGUUGUUGUUUUGCUGUUACUUUAAUGUGUGCAAUGUAAGGUUUUCUGCUUUGAAUCUGUGUCAUUUCUGAUCAACACCACAGAGACUUAAACCUUUAAAUAUUGAUUCAUUGAUCAUGAAUCACGGGUCCUGAUGUCGCCUGAAGGCAGCAUGAGUUGGUAACAAAUUCCACGGAGGCCAGCUGGUCGGCUCCCAGGUUUUUAACAUCAUAACUUUAUAACUUAAAUGAAGUGGUAUUUGUUCGGCUCCCUCAGUCUGUGCCCGGAGGCGCGUAAUGAUGAUGUCACUAGCGAGCGCCGGAGGCCGUCUGGUUGGUGGCCAUGUUGGAACGUCUUUCUUUGUGUUUGCUGAUGUUUGCACCUUUUCUGAGACACACUCAUAUAACGCAUCAUGUAGAAGAAAAGUCAUUGCUAUUACGAAGCAGGAUGAAAAGUAUCAUUAAAAAAUAAAAAAAUAACAAUGUAAA